AAUUAUAGUUCCCCUCGCUUCUUGUCCGUCAACCAGACUCCUCCUCUAUCAUUCUCGCGCUGAAAAUUUUUGUCUGCAGAAAGCCAGAAACUCAGAAAUUGCUGCUUCUGUGCCCUGAUAGAGGGUUCGAUUAGAUGGCCUUCCGAGGUCGAGGGCGUGGUGGAUUUGGAGGUGGCAGUUUUCGACCAGCCAAGCAAGUUCCAUUUGAACUUUUCCCCGAAAUUGAGAACUUAGGUAAUGCGGCAAGUGUCACUGAAAGGACAACACUGGCAAUUUGGCACUCAAAGUUACAGAAGUAUUGGAACUCCUCUCCUUACUAUUUGGGAGAGGAAAGUGAUGUUUUGAAGAAAACAAAAGGCAUGGAUAUAGAAAGGUUCUCAGAUAGGAAGUCAGAGAGGGGCAAGUCAAAGCCACCAUUGUCGCACUUCAUAAGGAUGGAUCCAGUCUAUGUUCCUGCAGAACUAGCUAAAGGUGGAAGGGAGGAGAAUCGUGCUGCGAAAAGAGUGCGCUGGAACCCAGAAUCAGACAUGCAAAAAUUGGAUCUUCUUGAGAAGCUUGAUAAGAAGCUUGAGGGCGAUGAGGAGAAGAAAAAAGAUGGUGAAGACGAGGAGGAAGAACAAGAGGAGAAAAUUGAAGAGGAAGAAGAAGAAUUUAGUGAUGACGGAGAUUACAACCAGAAUCUUUAUGAUUAUGAUGAUGAUGAAGACGACUACAAUAUGAAUGAAGAUAAUAAUGAUGAAGGCAUGUAUUGAAGGUUGCUUGUUGGGGUGGUUAAUGCUUGCCUUAGGAAAUUUUUUCAGAGAUGGAAGUCUUUAAUUAUGUUAUUGGAUUUUCUAGAAAGCUUAGCUCACACAUAGGCCUUGUAAACUAGCAACAACAUUUAACUUUGGGCUAUCAGUUACAGCAUUUCUGCCCGUUCUUUAAGAGAAAUAUUUCCUAAUGUUAUAAAUCCACUUGCAUAGAAGGUGGAUGUCCAACUUGAGAUUUGGAAAUCUUGCCAUAUCUUAGAUUUGUCUUCA